AAAUAAAGACAAACAACAACUUGGAAGUCCGCGAACAUGGAUUGACGUCCAAAACAGGCAAGUGUUGUCAGAGUGUUGUUGGGGGGAACACAAAGGACAAUGGGAAGACGACAAAAGGUGAACUUGGAGAGCACAAUGGACACGCACCUCGUCGUUUAUUAUAGCCCCAUUGUUGUUCGUCAGCGAAGACACUCAUUAUUAUACACAGCCGGUCCUGGUAUAUAUCACUCGUCCACCGCCUUUAACUCCUCGUCAUUGGAUGAAUACGUUUCAUCCACCUCUUCCUUCGACGACUCCGGAUCUGCUCUUCAGUUCAGUUACUCCAUACCAUCUAGACCUUGCAACCUCUCCAUAGCUCACGACCCUCCAUGAACAUGCUGUCCGCUCGCCCCUCCCUUAAGCGGUCUCCGCGCACCCGCACCCGGAAACCUUCUCUCUCUUCUCAACGGAAGGCGCGACCGCCUCCUCUCCAAAUCAUACCAGAACUCUCAGAGAACGAGUCCGAAAUAUCGCCACCACCUUCCCCAACACCGACUCAACCGUCAUUGGUGGUAUCAGAAUCCCCAAAUGAGUGUCCACGUGUAACCCUUUCCGCCUACACGUUUUCGAUCGAUGACGCCCUCCUCAUGUUUCGUGACGAGUCUCCCGGCUCUCCCACCCUCUCUGCUUCCGAGUCCAGUGAAGACGUUCCCACGACGCCUGGUGCGUCAGAUGAUGAAGGUGGUCUGACGUUGCCUACUCCCCGUAUCAACCCCCGUCGCCUUACCAUUCGUCCCCUCUGUAUCACAAAACCUCAUUCAUUCAUGUCUCUGGCGGAAGAAGACCUCGAUAUCUUCGGGAAGGAAGCAACCCCUCAUGUCUCUUCCUUCCCGGUAUGCCAACCCGUUGAGUGUCUAAAUCCAUCCUCAAAAGCGGAGGAUACCAAGGACGACGACUACGACUUCUAUGCCAGUGAAUUUCAGGAUUUCCUCUCGUUCUACUCGGAAAGCUCUUCCACCACUUCUGCCCCUCGCCCUGACUCCAUCAUCCUUUCGAGCGAAGCUGCGGUCCUAGCCGCGGAAACUUUGGAGCCGAAGCGCGGCGGCCGCAGUAGAUUUUCAAAACCGCUUCCGUCUCUACCUCCCCCAACACCUCCGAUUACUGUCCCUUCGGCGCGAGCUUCAUCCUCAGUACAGAUCACAGCGAGAAAUUCCUUGAUUCGGAGGAAACGCAACGCUCCCUCACUUCCAAAUUACCCUCCGCCACCCCCUCCAACAAUCAAAUCUCGUCCCCCGCCUCGCGUGUCCGUUCCUGCUGAUAUCAGUACGGCUGAUCUAGUUGACGAUUUGGGUGCUUCGUCGAAACCCCCAAUCCUCCUCGAACAGGUGUGGUUCGACGAGGAAGACGAGGACGAAGACAGUCUCUAUUCUCAGCCCUCUUUUGCCUCUACCUCGCACACACGUUCGACGACUCCCUCGGCAGCUACCUCGAUCGACGCCAUGCAUGGCAUCGCUUCGCAACCGCGCAAGAGCAUUGACUCUGAUGCACCGCGCUCUUCCAUAGAGUCAGCUGCAUCGUCCCAGUCUUCCGAAGUGUGCAGUCCAAUCUCUCCAUUCUCAUUCCCGAGCACGCCUUCGAGCUCUUCACAUGGACACAACGAUAACUGCGAAAGUGGUCCUUCGCCUGUUCUGCGCAGCCGCUGGUCCACCAGCACGCUUGGCUCUGUCGUGGAACCCAGCCGCACAAGCACGACCGCACUUUUGAGUCCCUUAAAAACCGUAUUCGGCGGGCGUUCUCGGCGGGCGAUCAACUCGAACGCGCCUUCCCGGCCUUCGCCAGGUGCAGGGUCGCGCUCGCACACCCGUUCUCCUUCCAAACUUCCUGUGCAUUUACAUAUCUUCCCCACAACGCCCUCGCCCCCUAUCACACCUGAUCGCCAUAUCCGAAGACGAGGAUCUCGUUCGUCGACAUCGUCCGCAGGGACCAGCCGUUGGUCCGAGUGCGAGAGUUGCGAAUCAGGCGGAAGUUCAGGCAGUGGACUGAGGCGCAAGCCCAUUCCCAUUGAAAUGUUCCUCCGCGUGUGAGGUCGCUCCGAGUUUCGCCGCACCUCUCACUUUGUCUCAUAUGCUACACUUCGUUAUUCUCGUUAAUAUCUAGUUUUAUUUUCCUUAGCAGCCUUGUUCAGUUUUGUGGAGGGACACACCUACAUUCACGCCGUUCGCUACAUUUGCCUUCUUUCCUUUACAAGCAUGCCACGCGCCUAUCUCAGCCCGUACGAACUCGUGUAGCCAUUAUAGAAACAAACCCAUUUACUGACGACUCCACAAACCACACAUACGUACUCUUUUGUAGCUGUUAUUGCAUGAAUCGAAUGAUACGAUGCUUUUCCUGUAGGUCUAUGGCCAUACCGAUCGCUGGAGCCUGAAGAAUCGGUCAUUUCGUGCAUGUUGCAUUGUACACUCAGAGAUACUUCGCUGAUCCGGCACGGAAGAACCAAGUGCAUAUUUCAAGUAUGCAAAUAUUGCACACGUACCUA